CCUCCCGGCCACACCGUUAGCCUCCCCACCCCGCACGCCCCCCUCCCUUCUCCCUCUCCGCUCCCUCCCUCCUUCGGUACCACACCUCCUUUCUACUCCCGAGCAGAGCGAGCUGCCCGAGCCCACACUCGCGCCCGCUGCGCUCCCCAGCCCCCUGCGGAUGCGCGGAGAGGAUGGAGGCAGGGUACCUGGAGCCGGCAAACUCUCCAACCAGAGCCUGCGCCCUGGGCUUCUGCUAAACUGACCCAAGAAGGGAAAGGGAAGAAACAUCCACCAAAACCCACCCCACUCCUUCCUUCCAACCCUUCCCACACCCACUCCAAUAGUCAAUCCCCCACCCAAUAACAGGAUUGUGGUUUAUUUGGGGGGGGGGGGUCUGGGACAGAGGACAGACACACUGCAACUGAAUCUUGGCUUUUCCUUCUGCUCCUCGACCCAUCCACCCGGCCACCCAGAAUGAAGAAGAUGAGCAACAUUUAUGAAUCAGCUGCCAAUACCCUGGGAAUCUUUAACAGUCCCUGCCUGACAAAAGUUGAGCUCCGGGUAGCGUGCAAGGGUAUUUCUGACAGAGAUGCCCUUUCAAAGCCAGACCCCUGCGUCAUCCUCAAAAUGCAGUCCCACGGCCAGUGGUUUGAGGUGGACCGAACGGAAGUGAUUCGAACCUGCAUCAACCCUGUUUUCUCUAAGUUGUUUACGGUGGACUUUUACUUUGAAGAAGUGCAGAGGCUGCGGUUCGAAGUCCAUGAUAUCAGCAGCAAUCACAAUGGACUGAAGGAAGCCGACUUUCUUGGUGGCAUGGAAUGUACUCUUGGACAGAUCGUUUCACAGAGGAAGCUGUCCAAAUCCUUACUGAAGCAUGGAAACACUGCAGGAAAGUCUUCUAUAACGGUGAUAGCCGAGGAGCUCUCCGGUAACGAUGACUAUGUUGAACUGGCAUUCAAUGCUCGAAAAUUGGAUGACAAGGAUUUCUUCAGUAAGUCUGAUCCGUUUCUGGAAAUCUUCCGUAUGAAUGAUGAUGCUACUCAACAGCUUGUGCACAGGACUGAGGUUGUGAUGAAUAACUUAAGCCCAGCUUGGAAAUCGUUCAAAGUCUCUGUAAAUUCUCUGUGCAGUGGAGAUCAGGACCGUCGACUGAAGUGCAUUGUCUGGGACUGGGACUCCAACGGCAAGCAUGACUUCAUUGGAGAAUUUACCUCGACAUUCAAGGAGAUGAGAGGAGCAAUGGAAGGGAAACAAGUACAGUGGGAGUGCAUCAAUCCAAAGUACAAAGCCAAGAAGAAGAAUUACAAGAACUCGGGCAUGGUUAUUCUGAACCAAUGCAAGAUCCACAAGAUGCAUUCCUUCUUAGACUACAUCAUGGGUGGCUGCCAGAUCCAGUUUACAGUAGCAAUAGACUUCACUGCAUCCAAUGGGGAUCCCAGGAACAGCUGUUCUCUGCAUUAUAUCCAUCCUUACCAACCCAAUGAAUACCUGAAAGCCCUGGUAGCUGUCGGGGAGAUCUGCCAAGACUAUGACAGUGACAAAAUGUUUCCAGCUUUUGGUUUUGGAGCCAGGAUACCCCCAGAAUACACGGUCUCUCACGACUUUGCAAUCAAUUUUAAUGAAGACAACCCGGAAUGUGCAGGAAUCCAAGGAGUUGUUGAAGCCUACCAGAGCUGCCUCCCUAAGCUACAACUCUACGGGCCCACAAACAUUGCCCCGAUCAUCCAAAAGGUGGCCAAGUCUGCAUCUGAGGAGACCAACACCAAGGAGGCAUCGCAAUAUUUCAUCCUGCUGAUCCUAACAGACGGCGUGAUCACAGACAUGGCUGACACCAGGGAGGCCAUUGUCCAUGCCUCCCACCUCCCCAUGUCGGUCAUCAUAGUCGGUGUUGGCAAUGCUGACUUCAGUGACAUGCAGAUGUUGGAUGGGGACGAUGGGAUCCUGCGGUCCCCCAAGGGGGAGCCUGUCCUUCGAGAUAUUGUCCAGUUUGUGCCAUUCAGGAACUUUAAGCAUGCUUCUCCUGCUGCACUUGCAAAGAGUGUUUUGGCUGAAGUUCCAAAUCAAGUCGUGGAUUAUUACAACGGCAAAGGAAUUAAACCAAAAUGUUCCUCAGAUAUGUAUGAGUCUUCCAGGACACCAGCACCAUGAACUUCUCCACACACUUUUACAGAGUUCUCAAGUAUUAUUCCUGCUAUUACUUAAUAUUCCUACUACUCCAGCACUUAAAAAAAUGUAAAAUAGCACGUUUUGGUGAUUUUUAACUGACAUUUUUUUCUGCAUGUGUAGCCCAAAGGCUUGGAUCUGUUAAGCAGUCAUAUUGUUGAAGACUUUUUAUGAAGAAAAAAAAAAAAAAGAAUUUACUCUUUACAUUACAGCAUGUCGCCUUGAAAUAAAAUGGUAUAUGUAUCCGUUUUUUAUACAGGUUUGUUGAAAUUUUGCUAAAUUUCUUAUUAUCUUUACACUGUAAAGCAUUUUGAAACAUUUAUUGAGCAUCGAUAGCCAAAAAAAAAAAAAAGCAUUUGGUUUUCUCUGCUAAAGGAUGAAAGAUUUUUUCAAAAUGGCAGAUGCAUGGACUGUAUUUUGCAUGUUUCCAAUAAAAAUAAUACCACUUUGCAGUUGUCGUCUAUGAUUCUUCCCUGCCAAGAUUGGUUUGUUGUUGCCAGGCUCUUCUUAGGGAAGGGAGAGACACAGAUUUCAGGAAGUGGUCCUGGGUCUUUUAGAAGACUCUGGGGGUUGAACAGAAGGAUCAGCUCAAACAGGACAUUUCUAUACUGCUUGAGAAUGCACCAUCUAUACCAGUAGCAGAAUAACCAUAGCAAACUAAUGAAAAUGAAAGGAGACUGAAUCCAUCAGGUCCAUACCAGAAGGUCUCAUUGCUUCACUGCUACACCUCUCACUAAGGAGUAGACAAGCAUGGCCCAGCCCUGUCCCCCUUGUUAACUAAACUGCAGGGAUGGCUCCAUCUUUAUGUCAGCUCCCAGAAACAAAGUUGUUUAGAUCUCAAUGGACCCUGCCCAUUCAAUUCACAGGAAAUGAGGCCAUGUGAUAGGCUUCCAAGGCCUAGGUAGACCUCAUCUGCCCGAGCAUGGGUAGAUUUACUAGGUCUCUAAUUUGGUUUUGCCAAAUUCUGUUUCCAGACAUUACCUAAAAGCAUCAAGAUGUUGGGGGGUUGGGGGAAGAGUGGCAUGCAGUUUUUGAUCUGGAAUGUUUUUAAUCAAGAAUUGGAAUGUUUGAUUUCUAUAAAUCUCAUGGAGUCACCAUAUCUGAGUUUGAAUCCCUGUGAUUUCAGGCAAGUCACUUGGCCUCUCUGGGCUUUACCUUUCCUCAACUAUAAAAUGAGGCAUUUGAACCUCAUGGUCCCCGAGGCCUCUUCUAACUCUAGAUCUAUUCCUCUCACAGAUAGAAAGGGCAAGUGCUUUAUAAGCAUAGAGAGUAAAAGGUGCCGAUGGUUUUCCUUUGGACAGAUGAGGAAAUAAAUUUCAAGUCAAUAUCAAGCAUUUUUUAUUAUUUGUUGUAUAUGUUUUGGUUUGCUGUUUACUUGGGCUGUUUUUGAAUGGGUAAAAUCAGAGACCUCAUGUGAUCUACAAUGUCUUCAUGAUAGUUCCUAACUCUGCAAAUACAUGUCAGCCAAAUGCACAACAUUUUGGGAAUGAUGGUGAAAUGUCUAACUGAAAAAAAUACCAUAAAUAUUUAAACUGUAUUGUUUUAUGAAUAAAUUGGG